UGAAAGACAGGAUUGCUGACCGGGUGAGAUUCGGAAUUUCCCGGUCCAUCCCAACUUGAUCGACAUGAGUCACGCAGUCUGGACGAAGUUGAAACACUAGAUAUUACUGCUUAUCGCUUCCUUUUCGCUUGAUUCCAUCACGAUCACGAGCUUUGGAGCCCCUCUCUGACUAAUAAUUAGCGGCUACUGAGGGGUAUAUAUUCCAGUGAUGUUGGAGAAAGAUGCUCAAUGAGAGGACUGCCAUCGCUCUCAUGGUACAUGAUCAGAUAAACUGUGUCGGAUUCGAAUUUUCGUGACCUGUUUGGUUUCUAGAUAUACGCUCACUACACUUCCUUAGAUCUAACCCUGAGUUGAGAACUGUCCAUCAGCCACGAGGACUAGAACCUACCAUGUCGAACAAUCCGCCUCUCCAAGUGCUCCUCUUCGACGUAUUCGGCACCACCCUAUCCUGGAGAGACGCCGUCACAAGGAUUCUUCAAGGAGCAGCCACAGAAGCGCUGAAUGAAGCCCGCGAGUCACUUUCACCAGACGAGCGCGAGCGAGCAUCAGCAUUGACCUACCAAGACUGGCUAGCCAUCGCCGAAGAAUGGCGCGAGUCCUACAACCACUUCACGCACAACUUCGACCCAUCGUCAGGUUUCAUGCUGGUCGACCAGCACCACUACGAGUCCCUGUGCGACAUCCUCCAGCGCCGCCGUCUGGGAGGACUCUUCACGGACGGCGAAAAGCGGGAGCUAGCGCUCAGCUGGCAUCGGCUGGAUCCGUGGGCGGACACCGUGCAGGGGCUGGCUCUGCUCAGCAGCAAGUUCAAGACCUGCACGCUGUCCAACGGCAAUGUGUCACUGCUGGAGGAUUUGGUGAGACACGCGUCUCUGCCAUUUACCGAUAUCGCCAGCGCAGAGCACUUCGGGGCGUACAAGCCCUCGCCUAAAGUGUAUCUGGGAGCGGCAAGCCGGUUUGGAACGCAGCCCAAUCAGUGUGCAAUGGUGGCUGCGCAUCUGGAUGAUUUGAAGGCCGCAAAGGACUUGGGGUUCCAGACGAUUUAUGUUGAGCGGCCCCAGGAGGAGACUCUGGAUCCGGAGCAGGCUCGACGGGAGGGGUAUGUGGAUUUGUGGAUAGAUCAAGACUCGGAUGGGUUUGUGGAAGUUGCAAAGCGGUUGGGAAUCCCUGUUACGAGUGAAGUAUGAUUGUCCUCGAAAGGCACAUUCUAUCUUCACCUGGUGAUGCUUGACUAGUAGAAUAAGAUCAAGUAGCAGUAUCUAGAGUUUAUGACAGUCUAAAGUGGUUGAUUGACCCAUCAGCGCAAAC